GCAACGCGAGCCCAGCAGGGGGCACGGGCAGAAGCCGCUCGACGACGAAAUGGCGGUCGAUAAGGACCUGCUGGAGUUGGAUCUGUACGGCCUGCUGGGGGUCGGCGAGAAGGUGUCGGAGAAGGAGAUUAAGAAAGCGUACCGCCAGAAGGCCCUGACUUGUCACCCAGAUAAGAACCCAGAUAAUCCCCAAGCAGCGGAAGUCUUCCACCAGCUGUCUCAGGCCUUAGCUGUUCUGACAGAUGCAGCAGCAAGGGUGGCAUAUGACAAAGUGAGAAAAGCCAAAAAGCAAGCAGCAGAAAGGACACAAAAGCUUGAUGAGAAGCGAAAGAAAGUAAAGCUUGAUCUUGAAGCCAGGGAACGGGAAGCCCGGAUCUGUGACAAUAAAGAGGAGGAGAUCCGGAUAACAAGGACCUUAGAACAAGAAAUAAUACGGUUGCGUGAAGAAGGCUCUCGUCAGCUUGAAGAGCAGCAGAGACUCAUUCGAGAACAGAUCCAACUUGAAAGACAGCAGCGCAUCCAAGGUGAAAUAGGCAACCAAGUAGGAAAUGGAGCAGAAGGCAAAAUAACUCCCAAACUCAAACUAAAAUGGAAAUGCAGGAAAGAAGAUGAGACAGGAGGGGGAUAUUCAAAGGAAGUUUUACUGCGGAUGCUGCAGAAGUAUGGCGACGUGCUAAAUUUGUUGAUCUCCCGUAGGAAGGUUGGAAGUGCAGUUGUGGAAUUUGCUACUGUUAAAGCUGCUGAAAUGGCUGUGAAGAAUGAAGUUGGCCUGACAGAUAAUCCUCUAAAGAUUUCCUGGCUGGAAGGCCAGCCCCAGAGCAAUCCCAGCUGUGUCCUUUCUGACAGCAGUGGUCGGCCUAGGACUUCACAGUUGUUUUCUGCUCCUAGGCAUCUGUGGUCUCCGAGCGGGAUUAUGAGAGCCUGGUGAUGAUGCGGAUGCGCCAGGCAGCAGAGAGGCAGCAGCUGAUUGCACAGCUCAAGCAGGAAGAUGAGGAAGUCUCACACCUAGCUUGAAAGUAUGGAUUCUCCCCACCCCAUCGUUCUUCAUUUCCAAAGCUGUUUCUUAACUAAGGCAAUAAAACUCCUUUUUUUAAAAACUA